AUGCCGCCCCGUAAAUCCUCCAGAGUUAGCAGCCUCGAACGGCCAAACUACUCGGAUUCCAUCCACAGAUCCAGCUCGAUCGGGAGCAAACGACGAUGUUCCGAUGCUACCAGACCAAACAACCGAACCAUCAGCUCAGGAAAUCCAGGCUGCUCAGGACUUGGAGCAACAGGAUCACAUAGUGAAACUGUACGAGUACCAUUUCACCAAAUGGAGAGACGCGCAAGCAUCGAACCCCAACAACACUCGAAACAUCAUGAUCUAUCUCAAGUUGUGGAAAUCGACUCACGAGACUCUGACGAUUCUGAUUGGCGAGGAGGCAACAAAAGCGCUCUGCCACCCUUGGGAUCCUCAUGUAGAAGAACAGAACCUUCUAGCGAGGACCUCCGGGGGAUUCAUAGGCAAGGAGCAAUACCUCAAACCGCAAACGAAUCAGUAUCAACGACCGACUCAGGCGGAGUCGUCAGCAGGCCCGUCGAGGAACCAACCUCACAAACAGUCAAACACCCCGUACAACAGACCAGCUCAAGCGGAGGACGAAGCCCACAAUAUGCAACAAAUGUUGUCUUUCAGCAGAGCCUAUUACCAAGCAGUGAAAGGGAUGAGAGGUCCCCACAAGGGGAAAGGCAAACAAAAUCCUCAACAAUAGAUAGGAUUUUCGAAUCUACUCCCAGCCCAUUUUUGAACUCUCAUAGACUUGGAAUUAAUUUAGCUCCCCAAAACGUAGAUAAAACCGUUAUUAGUUCCGUUUCUUUGCCUGUUAAACCUAUGCCCCAUCAACCUAUGCCUGUCACGCAGAAUGUUACUCAUGUCCCAAGUAGUACAGUAGAUCAUGCUCACGUUCCUAGCCUUACUGUAAUCAAAGAUGAUAUUUUUCAACGUGCCAUAACCUUGCCCGCACCAAAACAAGUGAGCCAAACAAACAAGACCUUUUCUCAGAACGAGAGAAAAACACCCGUGAGUUUGAGAGAGAACUUCGACAAAAACAAAUUUAUAGCUGAGUUGAGCAGAGAAACGAAAAAUACUAAAAGUAUUGAGCACAUACUCAAAGAAACGGAAUUUAAGAAAUUCUUGUCUUUGCGCAGAGGAGUACCAAGAGAGAUCUCAGAUGACAAAAGCUCAAUAUCAGCAGAAGGAGAAAAGAGUCUGAAUACCAAAUUUCAAGGCUUGCGACUACAGACGGAGAGCCUAUCACCUAAGUCAAUGAUAUCCUGGAACGACAAUCAAUUAGAUUUAGAGACAAAAUUUAAUACAUUGCAAAACAACAUUGAGAAUAAAAUUAACGAAUCCGUCACACUACUCAACGAGAAGUGGGAUUUAGGGUUAAACAUAUUAAAUGAUGAGAUGAAUGUACAUUUCGAAGAAAUGAAACAACGCAUAGACAAUGCAAACAAAGAGUUUACCCCGGUAGAGAUAAACAAAAUGCUAAACGAACACCUGGAAAACAUAGACGAUAUUAUGUCUAACGCCAUUAUGGUAAAUAAAGAAAUAGUUGAAGCUAAUAGUAGGCACCUGGCGGGACUAGUCAAACUAGUAGACAAUAAAUUGACAGAACAAAGUUUGAACUGUUCUUUGAUACACCGGAACGUAGUACGACUGGUAUCAUUAAUGGAUAAACUAACCACGAGAGUUAAAACUCAAACCGGAGAACACAGCAUCCUGAAUCACAUUGUUCCAGAUUCGGAGGUAGCAACCAGUAACAACCUGUUUGCACAAGAAUUUGAAAUAACAACUGGUAAUGCGCAUCAGCCAGAACGCCAUUAUAUAAGCAAAAAGAAAGCCUUAGUUAAGGCAAGUUGGGCGGAAUGGAAGAAGGCCAUUAAAGAAGACUUCGGAACACCGUUGUGGAAGCGAAGGAUGGCUUCAGCAUUUGAAAAGGAUAAGUUUAGGAACGAGUAUAGAUCUCGACCUACUCCUUGGUUGCUAACACAGCGUAAAAGGAUGGAAGCGGCUUGGCCAUUCCUUACAACAUCCGAACACAUAGACAAAAUACUGAGUUUGUGCCUCGGGGAAUUAGAACAUGCAAUCCAAUCGAGAAUUGAUGAGAAAACUAGUUUUGAAGCUUUUAUGAAUAUCUUUGAAGAGAUAGUUACAACUACCUCAAUAGGCAGAGCACUAGAUAGACCAAACAAUCUAAAAGUUACCUUUAGUAACACUAGAGAAACCAAGAGCUCUUUCCCAAAAGACAUAAGUAAAGAUUUAGAUCACUCAUCUUCAAGAGACAUGAGAUCGAAAGAUCAAAACCAGAGCAAAUAUGCUGGAGGCGAUAGAAAUAACGCUUCGAAAUUUCCCUUCAGGAAUAAAGAAAGCCGACAAGGAUAUGGUAAGAAACCAAUCAAUGCAGUAAACUGCGAAGACAAUCAGUUCGAAUAUGACAAGGAGCAUUCGGAUAACAAAAUAUCGGUACAAGAAUCAAUCAGAAAUGACACAACAGAUGAGGAGGAGGAGUUCUGUGUAAGUAACAUAGAUAUGUCCCAACGAGUAACAGAAAACAAUCAUCCAGAUACAGAUACCGAGGAACAAGAAACUGUUACAAAUGUAACGCAAGGGUCAUCCAUAGAUGAGCUAGCGAUUAAUAUCCAAGAAGCGGAAAAUAGGACAGUUUCAGCAACUAUUUUUAAGUUUAUAUCGCGGGAAAGGAUACAACUACUAGCAGUAGACACAUACCUGACAGUAUCAGUCAGAGGAUUCGAGAAAGCCAUGCUUAUCGAUACAUCGCGAGUACGAUCAUUUGUAUCCUCAGGGACGCUAGAUCAAUGCUGGCCGACCUGGAAAACGGACAUGAACUCCAGGGAUAAAGGAGAUAGCUCGAACGAAACAGUAGAACCAGAGCUGAUCGGGUCAAUUGAAUUACCUAUCAGACUAGAACAUAAAACGAGACCAUGUUUUAUAUACAUCAAAGUCUCUGUUAUCAAAGAAGAACAUUCAGAAUUCUUAACACUUGGCUUCAUGCCAAAUAUGGGAAGUGAAUGA